GCAGCGCCGGCGCUACUACCGGGGCAACGUGGACUCGAGGUCUCACCUGGAGCGCGAGGAGGAGAAUAUUCGUCGUCGCCAGGAGCACCGAUCGAGGCUUCCGGAGGAGCAGAAGAUAAGGGAAAUGGACGAGCUCCGCGACUGCACCUUCCGCCCCUGCCUCGUCAAGAAGCUAAGCUCCAGCCCGACGACGCCGCGGCAGCCAG